AAAAGAUGCUUCAGUCUCAAUUUUUCAUCAGCUUCUCCCCUACUUUACCUCAUUAUACUUUCACUUAUCACUUCUGCUACUUCAGAACCUAAUGGUUUUAGCCUUGAGCUUAUUCAUGGUGACUCUCCAGAAUCUCCUUUCUAUCCUGGCAAACUUACAGAUUCUGAAAGAAUAAGCAGACUUGUAGAAUCUUCAAUAAUCAGGGCUCAGGUCUUGAGCUCCUAUUUAAAAUACAAUUCAACUUCAGGUCCAGAAGCAUAUCGAUUUCCUGUGUAUAUAUGGAUAGCAUCAUUCUGUACAAACAACCGUAAUGUCUUCCAAUGCAUAAAUAAUGAAUGCGUUUAUAGGGUACUGUAUGGAAGUGGUGAUGUCACCGUAGGUGUUGCUUCAACAGAUGUGUUAGAACCCACAAACAACAGUCGCAUUCUAUUUAAUUUUGGUUGCUCGAAAGACAAUAGGAACUUCUCUGCAUUUUCACGUACAGGCAAGACUGAUGGAAUUAUGGGUUUGAAUAUGUCCCCAGUUUCUAUCUUGCAACAGUUGAGAAAUGUUACUAACCAACGUUUUUCCUACUGCUUGACUCCAUAUGGUUCAAGACCACCGGCUACUAGUCUUCUAAGGUUUGGCAAUGACAUUAGCACAUGGGGAAGAGGGUUUUAUUCAACCCCAUUUGUAGACCCGCCAGACAUGCCUAAUUACUUUCUCAACUUACUAGAUCUAAGUGUUGCAGGGCAGCGCUUGCGACUUCCACCAGAGACCUUUGCAUUGAAACGGGACGGAACUGGGGGUACCAUUAUAGAUUCCGGAACAGGGCUCACUUUAGUCGUUCAGCCUGCUUAUCGGCAUCUCCUUGGUGCACUCCAGAACCAUUUCGAUCAUCACGGAUUUCACCGGGUUCAUAUCCCUGACACGAAUCUAGAGCUACGUUACAACUUUGCACAGAACCGAACUUUCCAGAACCAUGCCUCAUUGACGUACCAUUUCCAAGGAGCUGAUUUUACUGUGGAACCAAGGUAUGCGUACGUGGUUUACAAUGAUGAGAAUGCUUUCUGUGUAGCAUUGCUGGCGUCGCACAUAGAAGGACGGGCUAUAAUAGGAGCACUGCAUCAAGCAAACACUCGGUUCGUUUAUAAUGCAGCUAAGCGCAGACUUAAGUUCAAGGCUGAGAAUUUCCAGAAUGACAAAAGGUGAUACAAUUACAAGAAGAUUGCCCAGGCAUAAUAAAUUUUUUAAAGAAUAAAACUGCUUCAUUGUUGAAUUUCCUUCACUAUGGCUAGUGGAUUAUUAGAAAAGUUCUAAUUAAACUCCAGGUAAUUAAUAUA